GUUCUUUCCUUUUCCUAAUAUUCUUAGUCUCAAAUUCUUCUUUCCCUUAUAAAUUAACCUCGUCGAUUGAUUUUAGCAGUGACUGGACAGUCUCAGUUCUUUUGUUCUUCAUCAUAUGCAUUUUGCACAGAGCACAGACAAGGUUUGCAUCAGGCAUCGGUUUAACAUCUGCAAUCUGGUCAAUAGAGCCUCCUCCUCCAAAUUACAGGUCCUAGCACGUGUGGAAGGGUCGAGGACGAGUUUUGGAAUAUUUGGAGGUCAAAAAGCGCAAAAACUGAAGAAAAGUCCGAAGUCUCGUAGUAGUGAAUUGAAGGUGUCCAAGACACAGCCGCAGUUCACGGGC